AGUCACCCACUUUACCCCCCUCUACACCCACUCGAUACUGCUGGUCACCCAUUAAGCGCAACGUUAGAUGCAUCCUCUGCUUUCUUCUCUGUGCUUUCGUAUAAGUUCUGCGCACGCGUAAGAUUGCCUCGAGAGAGAAAAAUGAGUGACUUGGAAAUUUUAGGCACUCUACGUAUGUUACUCUCUAUUCACCUGGCUCAGCUGUCCUUGCUCCAAUCUCCCAUCUACCAAUCACAACGUCUCUCCCAAACCCAACCCCAACUCCGAAUCAAAGAAGCAAGGUGCUGUUGAACGAAAUUUUUGGACGUUCCAUCUUCACCACAGAUAUAUAAAUCUAAAAUGCCGUUCUCACUCUUCAGAUCAGUAAAAGCACAGGAUGAUGACGAAUUAGUCGAUCCCCAGGUCACCCUGAGAGAAAAGUGUUCUGAAGAAGCCCAUUGUACUACCUACAAAGCAAAACUGGACACAUGCAAUGCUCGAGUUCUUAGCAAGAAGCAAACCUCUGAACAGUGCGUUGAGGAACUUUACGACUUUCUGCACUGCGUAGACCAUUGUGUUUCUAAAACUCUCUUCUCUCACUUGAAGUAAACUUAAUAGAUGUUACUUGUAGAAUUAGUUUAUCGUUUCCAAAGUCAGUAACCAGUCUUGUUGUUAAUAACAUUAAAUUAUGUAGCAGUCCUGAACUACAAAACAAAAGAAUUCGAAUGCAUGUUUCUCAGUUCUCAAUUAUACAAAGAAUAUGUAAUAAGUUGAAGAGAUCGAUUCACCUCUAAAUGAGGAAAUUUCUUGAAACAUGAUAUUUUAUUGAUCAUGUUGAACAAUAAUUAUGUUGUCCUUCAGGCUUGGUUUUACUGCAAAAUAAAUACACUUGUUAAAUAAACUUGAA